GGGUGCUGGGAAGGAAGAGAAACCAUUUGGCUUCUUACAGUCAUGGAGUCACUCGGGUGCUGAAAGGAGCUCAUAUCUGCUGCAACCUGUCGAGGGAAGACCAUUUUUCUGUGAAGCCAAGCAUGACCAUUAUAAAUUGAGAAGAAAUUGAAGAGAAGUAGCCAGACCAGGACCUUCAAAACUUCAGAAGAUGUGUGACCAGCCAAAAUCCCCGUGCUGCCGGCCAAAAUCUCCUUGCUGCCCACCCAAAUCUCCAUGCUGCCCACAGAAACCUCCAUGCUGUCCACCAAAAUCUCCACACUGCCCUCAGAAGCCCCCGUGCUGCCCACAGAAGCCUCCAUGUUGUCCACACAAGCUCCCUUGUUUCCCGCAGAAGCCCCCGUGUUGCAUUCAGGCCAAGUGCUGCUGUCUGGAGCCCAAGCCUGAAUGCACUUGCCUUAGCAAGGAGCCUGAACCCAUAUCACCUGAUACUCAGAACAAGAACUCCCAAACCCAACAGCAGCCUGUAAGUCCAAAACAGGGGCCUAACCUAGGUGGCUUGGGGCAGAAGAAGCCGAACAAGUAGAGGGCCCAUGCCCAUCACUUGGUGGGGUUAGUCUAGACCUACAUUUAGACAAGCUCUCUCUCAGUGACAACCACAUAGUGCAAGUAGAAGCUCUUAUCUCCCUUCAGAGCCCCCCAGCAUAGGGAGGCCCCUAAUUAGAAAUGGAAGGCUGAAGAGACUAGAAUCAUCUUUCCUAGUGAUCCUUACAUUAGAAAGCACAAGAAUAAAAGAGCAUUAAAAAGAA